AUGGAUCAGUCUUUGACUUUGAUCAAUGCUCAGGUCAACUUUGUGGAAGAGAGGUUGGCGCUGGUGCAUAUUCCUCUAGAACUAUACCCCUUUUUCUUCAAAUCGGUUCUGGGCCUGAUCUACGACGAGACCUCACAUCGAGAGAAUGAGGCCGAAGAUAUGAAAGAUGACGGUUCUAAGGUGGACGAAUAUUCAGGAUCUUAUCAGCAGCCUGCAUUCCUUAACAUUUCUAUCACUCCAGUCGAGGUCUCAGUCAUAUGUCCCAGACGCCUUGUCGAAAAGCACUUCGUUCCUGCAAUCCAUGAGAUCAAUCAGUUGAAUGCUCAGCUACCAUUUGAGAUAGUUGUAAGCGCGAAUGACUACAUCGCCAUGCAGGUUCUGGGGGAAGGAUUAGAGGCUGGCAAACGUGUCCUGGAGCUAACUAGUCCACUAGCAAUGGCGGGGAUCUCCAUCUUUUUCAUUUCUACCUACUUCUCCGACUACAUCCUUGUCCCUCUCCGCAGCAAAGCUAGUGUGGUAUCAGCUCUAGAAAACCGCGGUUUCCAGUUCCAGAAUGCCACAACGGCCUUUGUCAACCCAACUAGCCCUCUUUCACCACGUACAGAGAAACCACUGAGCGAUCUCAUCCCCCCUCUUACGCCACCACCCUCAACAGUGUCAGAACUCCAAACUCGGACUUUCGCCAAUUUGCGCAAUCGCCAGAUCUUCCCUAUCGUAGAUGACACAAUCCACCUAGUGCAGUGCGCUGCACACCACCCUUACAACUGCCAACAAAGCUCAAUGUCCAUCCUACGUGAAGCAUUAGCCACUAUUCUCCUAGUUGACAAUCCGCGCUUCCUCUCCCUGACCCUGGCAGACCUAGACCCAGCUGCAUCACUACUCCUAGAGAAACGGCUGCUUCCCCGUUUUGCCCGUCCAGGCGAGGAUUUCGAAGAUGGCUCAGGACUUCUUCUCGGCUCGAAAGAAGAUCAUUUGAUCCCGAUUAUACUAGAUCUACGCGAACUCCCCUUGGAAGCAUCAGGCAUCGUCUGCGGCGUGGCAGGCCGGCUCGCCGAAGCAACUGAUAACCAUUCACGACCAAGUAACGAUGUCCCCGAAAGUAAGGUCAUGAGUAGCGUCAUCAAUUCUGUCCCUGCGCUUUUUGAUACUGUCGGUACACGCUUAGCUCGCGGCUUCGAGAAAAGAAGGAGAUCCUCCGUUCACAAACCCCCGGCUACUCAUCACCUUAAACCUGAGGUAGAUCCAUCAGCCGAUGCCGUUGAAAUCAGCUUCUUGAGUACAGCCCGCGCUGGUACGAUUAUCGUUGGAGAGGACGAGCUCCAGCGGGCCAUUGAUGCCCUCGAAGCGGAAAAAAGGCAGGAUUCCCCUGCUGUUGAAGAUACCGAUCACAAUGUUUGA